AUGAUGAGCAACCUUGUUGGCCGCGGCACUGGUAGCGAAUAUGGCUAUAAGCAUACCCCUGAGGCGACCUGCUGCUGCUGUUGUGAGGGUGGCGGCUGGAAAAAGACGGUGACGGUCACCCAGACCAAAACCGAAACCCAGACUGCGAAUGUCACAAAGGUUAUCACGGACUACAUCACUGAGACCGUCUCGAUUCCGACCACUAUCCACGAUUCCACGACUGUUUAUAAUGAAACUACUAUCCAUGAUUCCACAACCAUUUAUAAUGAAACUACGAUCCAUGAUUCAACGACCAUCUCAACAACAGUGCUUCAACCCACUACAAUUUUAAGCACAACGACGCUGACAACUACUUUCACGACGGCAGUCCCCACGUACAUCACCACGAGCAUCUUUGGGACGGUGACGUCGGUUAUCACUGUCAUGGUUCCUACUACCAUUACGUCCACCUAUGUAUCGACAAUGUUUACUACCCUUCCUGGCUCAACCGUCACCGUUCCAGUUACACUGCCUGGGCAUACCGUAACUGCGCCUCCAGUCACACUGACAGGGCCUACCGUAACUGCGCCCCCGGUUACCCUACCACCAGAAACACAUGUCAUCACCCUGCCAGCAUCAACCGUGACGAAAGUUACUACCCUCCCUGCAAGUACCAUGACAAUUACGAGCACACUACCUGCCAGCACGGUUACCCAAUCCGGAGGCACAAUCACAAUCCCUGGCAGCACAACUGUGGUUACCACUACAAUUCCAGCUUCUACCAUCACCCAAACCUUGACAGAACCUGGACAAGUCACUACAGUUACUAAGACUGGAACUGUAACUGCACCUCCGGUUACUCUGCCGCCAGAAACCCAUGUCAUCACCCUGCCAGCAUCAACUGUGACGAGGGUUACCACUCUUCCUGGAAGCACCGUAACGAUUACAAGCACACUACCCGCCAGCACCGUUACCCAGUCCGGAAGCACAGUGACAAUCCCUGCCAGCACAACAGUGGUUACUACUACAAUUCCAGCCUCUACCAUCACUCAAACUUUGACGGAGCCCGGAAAGGUUACAACGGUUACUAGGACUGGAACUGUAACUGCAACUGAUACUGUAACUGCAACCGAUACUGUCACUCGGACUAAGACUACUUUCUCCAUAUCUCUUUGCCCAACCAGGACUGCGAACCCAACAUACACCCCACCGGCGCCGCUUCCAUCGAACUACGUGUGGGGUUGUCCUCCCGGGCAGCUAUGCAGACCGAAGCGUACCCCCGAAGACGGAGAGUGCAACUUUGAAGUUGGUCUUCCAAGUGCAAACUACACUUGUAGUCCUGAUGAGUGUAUACCUAGCCCCCCGCGGCAUCCGCCACAGCACUGGACCCCUGGUAAAGCUCAAAAAUGGAUUGUUUCUCCUGGAUAUUUCUACCUAGACCCCAGAAAAUUCGGUCUUGGAUUCGACAUUUUUGAGUUUGAAAACACCACCACGUACGAUGGUUACAUCCGUCGCUCCCUGCCUGAUAUCUCGAGGCGUGACGAUAAGAUUGUUCCUCCAGAGUGCUAUGACGAAUGUAACAACUGCUCAGAGGAGGGAGAGUCACUUGGCAAAUCGCCUGCACUAUGCAAACGGGGAUCUUUGUUCAAUCGCUACGUCAACCAAUGCAAAGAAUGUGUUGAUAAACGACAGUCCGACAGUAAAAUGUUGUCAUUUGACGAGGCUAUUCUUCCCUCCUUCGAGCAAUGGCUACAUUUCUGCGAGCAAUUCCCUACAGACCCCGAACCAACCACUGUACCAGAACCUGGGAUGACUUCCGCCACCUCAACUGAGACAUCAUCCACCGAAUCUACUCGAUCCACGGAGUCACCCACACCCACGACUUCCACAGACUCAUCUACUAGGACAACCCAGACCAGCGAUACAAGCGAAUCUUCAACUCCAACGUCAACCAUGGAGCCAACUGAAACGUCAACCAUGGAGUCAAGUAGAACAUCAACCAUGGAGUCAAGCGGAACAUCAACAAUGGAGACGACAUCCAGAGAACCGUCGACAACUGAGUCAACUGGCACGGAAUCGACAGGAUCACCAACAACAGGUCCAAGUGAGUCGACAUCAACUGACUCUCCCUCGAACACCGAGAGUGACCCACAGUCGACGACCGGCCGGACAACAUCAGGGGAUGGCAGUUCCACCACCAGUAGAGGAGGGGACCCCUCACAAGCCCCGUUCCCUACUAGCAUGGGCCCUGGUGGAACACACACCACCACUGGAGCUUCCAUUCCUGGCUCAGGGACUGGUGCACCAUCCUCGUCGUCAACAGGCCCAGUUGAGUUCCCUGGAAGUGCAGGGUCACUUUCCCCAUCGGCAUGGGGUAAGGUUUUGACAUGUAUUUCCGGCUUGGCUUUACUCAUUCCAUUUAUAUAA